AUGAAAGGAAGAAACCAAUCCACUACAAUUGAGUUCAUCCUUUUGGGAUUUUCUGGUCUCUCUAACCUUCCAGUUUUACUCUUUGUGUUGGUCCUAGUUAUGUACAUGAUCAUCCUGCUAGGGAAUGCUCUCAUCGUUCUUAUAACAUUGGCUGACCCAGCCCUUCACAUCCCCAUGUAUUUUUUUCUCCGGAACUUGUCCUUCCUGGAGAUCUGCUACACCUCAGUUACCAUCCCCGAAAUGCUGAUCAACCUCCUCACUGGGGAGAAAACUAUCUCAUUUUCCAGCUGUGCUGCACAGAUGUAUUUCCUCAUCUCCCUAGGGGGCACAGAGUGCUGCCUGCUGGCCCUAAUGGCAUAUGACCGAUAUGUGGCCAUAUGCCGCCCCCUGUCGUAUACUGCCAUUAUGAACAAAGGUGUUUGCAUGCAGCUUGUGGGCAUUGCAUGGCUAAGCAGCAGCCUUGUGACACUAAUGCAUGUCACGUGGGUAUUUAAUCUCCCCUUCUGCCCGUCUAAUGAGAUUGACCAUUUCUUCUGCGAUGCUCCACCUGUACUAGAGCUGGUCUGCGGAAACACCUACAUGAUUGAAAUUGAAGCCCUUACCUCAACUGUAUUAUUUGUCGUGAUCCCAUUUGCACUGAUACUUUGGUCCUACGUCUGCAUCUUGGCCACAAUCCUGAAGAUGCCAUCUGCUGAGGGACGGCGUAAAACCUUCUCUACUUGCUCCUCACAUCUUACUGUGGUGGUCUUGCUCUUCAGCACAACUGGUCUCACCUACUUCCAGCCCAAGUCCAGUAGUUCACCCAGUACCAGCAAAUUCUUGUCCCUCUGCUACACCAUCCUCACACCGUUGUUAAACCCAGUUGUCUACAGCCUGAGGAACAAUGAAAUGAAAGGAGCUCUAAGGAGAACCUUUGGCAGGAUAUUAUCUUCCUGGGGACAGCCAUGA